GUUUGAUUCCGCAUCAUUUUAAAAUUAUUAUUUUGAUGUUAAAUUUGUCUUAUAUGUGUUUUCAUCAUUUAAGAAAUGAAUCAUGGAAAAAAUACACUUUUACCUUCCAGACUGUAUUUAUUUAUAUCACUCCAAGAAGAUGAAUCCAGAAAAACUAAACAAGUUGAAGGAUCAAGUCCGCAUAGGAGGAAAGGGUACACAAAGGAGAAAGAAGAAGGUGGUUCACAGAACUGCCACAACUGAUGACAAGAAACUACAGUCCUCUCUGAAAAAACUGGCAGUGAACAGUAUUCCUGGUAUUGAAGAGGUGAACAUGAUUAAGGAAGAUGGCCAAGUUAUUCAUUUUACCAACCCAAAGGUCCAGGCUUCUUUGGCUGCCAACACAUUUGCCAUCACAGGCCAUGGUGAAAUCAAACAAAUGACUGAAAUGCUGCCAGGAAUUCUCAACCAACUUGGAGCGGAGAGUCUUGCAAACCUUAAAAAAUUAGCAACAAGCGUCACAUCAUCUGCUGCUGCAGGAGCAAGUGGCGCUGAGGCCAUGAAACCAGCAACUGAGGAAAUAGAUGACGAUGAUGAUGAAGUCCCCGAUCUGGUUGAAAAUUUUGAUGAAGCAUCGAAAGAAGAAAAAGCCUAGAAGUUUCUAGGUCUUCCAAUUUUUUAUCACUUUUUUAUAAAAAAUAACUUUACAAUGGACUGAAAACAUUUUUUACAUCAAUGAGCCUGACUUUUCAUCUGAAUUCACCCCAAAGAUAGACAAUGGAAUCGGUUGUUUCAAAUAGUAUUGUGAAAUCCUCCCUAAUUUUUGCCAGUGAGACUCAUCAGCCACAAAAGUUUGUGUAACAGAAUUUACUGUGAUGAAAUAUAAUUGCUGAGCAAAUAAACUAUUUAUUACUA